AUGAUGGCAACUCCGUCUGGGGCUUACUUGCCCACCCAACCGCCACCUAUCCUUGAGCCAAUCCCCCAUUACCCCAGCAAUGUCGUCCCAGAAGAGCGGGUCACAUUGCGCAUGGCCAUCAUCCUAUCCAAUGGUGUUCGGGUAGACCACCAAUUCACAUUCCCCGCCAUGAACAUCGCCAAUUGUAUCAUCCACGGCGAAGGGGAAAUGUACUCGGUAGAAAUCACCCACCGCUGCACCUGCCGACGUCUAUUGCAUGAGGAGCUUGUCCGGAUGCUCCCCGGGUUCCUACGCGAAAAUGACGUGUAUUGGUUCCGCACCAGGAACCCAGAGACAAACAUCCAGCAUACGUGCUUAUUCGACGGAGCGGAACUCGAAAUGCAGCUCGUGACCUCGCAUGUCCCCGAAUGUGGCUUUUGCUUUGCGCGUCGAGCGUUUAUUGCCGAGCGGGAUGCCUUUGACCGGCAACAGAGCCAGAUGCCUCGGGGCUCGGCAUCGUCGACUUCCCCGCGCGCCCAGAGUCUGAGCUCUGGGUGGACGUUCCGCGAACCGUCGGAUACGGAGCGAUUACGGGUGAAUCGUCAUGGGUGGGAGAUUAUGUUUGUUCUUCACCCUGAUGCGCGCGAGGGGGUGGUAAGUAUCUCGAGGUUGAGGAUGGAGCUGUGUCGGUUGUUGUCCAUUGCUGACCCGAGGCGGGUCAUCUUGACGAGCGGUCCAUUCACCUGGGGAGGAGAUUUCCAGGAAGAUGGUAAGGAUUACUACAGUACGUAUUUUGUAAAUGAUUUGAUCGUCGAGUCGCGGAGUAUGAAGACGCCGAGGGGAAGCGCUCUCAUCCUUAAAGCCUCCCCACGUAUUGAGGUUACAUCUAUUUACCAUGCACAGACCGGGUGGACCAGUCAACCCCGCAGUGUCGACCCCACAAGAUUUGUCCAGAGUUUACCUCUCGUACACUCUGGACUUGGACUUUCCCCAACUGACACCCCACCGGCAAUGUCGACUGUUCCCGAGAACCCUACCCGUCCCCACCGUUGUGUUUACUGCGGCCUCUGCUUCAAGCGAUCAGAACACCUGAAACGCCAUGUGAGGAGGCACACCAAGGAACGACCUUUCCGUUGUCGAAUAUGUGGGGAGAGCUUUUCCCGGAAGGAAUUGCACGACCGGCACCAACGCACCCGCCAUGGCGCGACUUCAAGCAUUCCAUUACCAGAGAUAGUAGAACCCGAGCCAUCUGCACCUGCUCAUCCAGAUUCUUACUCGCCAGGGCAGGUUGAUCCUGUUCAAGAUGACCCGUCGAGUCGACCACCAUUCGCCUCCUUCGUCGAGGACCCGGCGGAGCCGUCAUUGAAUGCUCCUUUAGUGCCAGAGACACAGCGACAUGAAAGCCUUUAUUUGACCGGAACUCCGGGUAGUCCUGCAUUCCAGGAAAAUGCGUACUCUGUGAUCUCCGAUCGGCGUCGAGACUCUCGAUUCCAGACGCCCCUAGGAAGCGAGACUCCUCCCUGGUUGAAAUUACCAAGCGGGCUGGAGUUCGCGUCGCUUCUCUCAGCAUUGAAUAGAUCUCCAUUAUCUACAAGUCUUCCGACACCACUCCGGCUGUGCACACCGCAGAGUGAAGCGAUCUUUGAACAUGACCGAAACGAGACGGCCCGCUUGGGGAUCGAAAAAGCGCUUGAGGGGUUGAGGAGUAUCAAUAUCGCAGGUGGCGGGGAAUAUUCCCAUCGCUUCAAGAUCCCUGAGAUGGAUUCUCUCUACCGCUACUGGCACAUGUUCUUCGAGAUACCUCAUAAGAACCUUCCAUUUGCUCAUCCGAAGUCGGAAAUCUAUCAAAUACCGGCUAUCGCUAUUGGUGUUCUCGCCGACGGUGCCAUGUACUGUGACGAACCCGAGGUCGGCCAAAUGCUGUUUGAGGCCUCCCGUCGUCUUGUCGCUCAUCACUUGAACACGCUUUAUGACCGCGAAAACAAUACCAUACCUAUCUGGAUCUUCACCACGCUCUUGCUGAACUGUGUCUUUGGUCUACCCGGCGGCAAGUCUAGUGAGAGCGACAUUACCCUUGGCAGCCUUGACAGCUUGAUAAACCUCGCGCGAGUUAUCGAAUCGGGCCCGGCAAUGGAUCUUGUCGAUCAGGCAUCCACAAUGGAGGAGAAAUGGAAUAGUUACAUAGAGGGAGAAUCUCACCGCAGAUCAAUUCUUUGCUUCAUUGUUGUGAGUGGUUUGUGGUCGGUGGCAUACGAGCCGAUCGUCAAUGUCCUGGACUUUCCGUUCAGUCUGAUCGAAUUCCCCUGGUCGGAGACCUUGUGGAAUGCUCGUUCAGCCGUCCAAUGGCAUGCACUAUAUCAGAACCCUCGAAGUCGAUCGCCGGGCAGCUGGUCAGAAAAUGUGGAGGCGCUGCUGUUCGGCAAACCCCAGCCAUUAAACGGUCUGGCCUCUCUUUGUCUUGUAGUCGGGCUCCUACUCUACAUAGAUGGGCUCCGACGGGAAGCAGUUCUCGACGCGGUCGAGAUAAACUCAUACCUGCAGCAUGCUUUAGAUCAAUGGUUUCAAAUCCAUGACCGGACGAGCCUGGAGAACCUGGCCCUCAAUCAUCUCUGCUAUCCGGCUGCUUAUUAUCUGCGCAUCUCACUUGUGUUGGACAUCCGGCAGACAAUGGACCUCAUGCGCAGUAAGCAGUUUGCAGCCAUGCGAAAAGUACUCCGUGAGGGUGAUCUAGUGCAAGCGGCUGCCUUUGCGCGAGCCGCGAUGAUUCCGUGGGUUAUCAGCCGCCGGAAUCAGACGUCCAUGGCCGCUAUCCCAUGCGGCGUGGUUAUCGCCGAGUGGGCUAUUGACGUGAUGGACAACCAGUCCGAGGAUUCGCCUCAACGGGAAGUGCUCCGGGGGUUUGAGAACUCGAUUCGCGAAUAUUGGCCUGUAGCACCCUUUGUAACUGCUGUGGAUGUCUGGAGGGCAGUUCGGAGAAUUAUUUCCAAUGGACCAGUUACAACGGCUUUAACAAGGAGUAUGGACGAAUACGAGAUGUCUCUGGCAUUAGCUUAA